UAUUUCGAGCAAUUGUUCCAUAAACACAUAAAUUGUUCGUAUCUAGAUUAGAUGUUUAUCAACAAACUUACCUUAUCUUGUCCGAAACAGCUAUUACCGAGUUUUGCAUGCACGUAAGUAAGAUGUCUAUCUCUAAGAGACGUUAGCCACGUCAUGAACUCCGCUAUAGAAAUGCUUGUUUUCCACACUUCCGCUUCUUAAACUGUUCUUUCAGGUUUAAUUUGAAAAAAUGUCCGUUGCUGGUAGCUUUUUAAUAUGUUGCCUUGACACCGGCUGCAUAUUCCUUUGAAUAAUGGUUUUGGUUUCUUGUCUAUCUGGAAUGUUGGCUAGCGAAUGCUAACCGGAAGUGUGUCGAAUGGACGCUAAGUAGCUAUUUUGACUGACAUAUGGGCAGUUUAUGGACACAACCAUUGAAUCAUUGUGAGUAAUUGUAUUUAUUUCCAUAGAAAUUAGAAUUUAUAAUUUAUUUUUACAUAGAAUUAUUUACAUAGAAUCUAUUUCCGGUUAGGUUUUAUAUCCAUGUAUGUAUAGCGAUAGAUCAUGUCGACUGAAAAAGUGUGCACAACCCUGAUUUACAUGUACAACGUACAUACAAAAUCAUAGUCAUAAGUACAGUAAAUAUAUAUUUUCUUUAUUUACAGCAGGAGGUAGCGUGUUGGGACUUUUUGGUCAUUUUAAAAGUGUUACGCCGGCUGAAAAAGUGAGCCACCUGCUAUAAGAGGCUCUGUCGACACCUAGUGGUGGCCUGGUGAACUGAAGCUCUGCUGGAAUAAAAAUGGUAAAUACAACACGGGUUGCAUUCAUACUCCUGUUGUGAAUGAAUGUGAAUUAAUUUAGCAAUCUGAGUUUAUUUAUUUACUUUUUUCUGGUCCAACUACACUUGUGACUCAAAUUAAUGACUGUAAUCUACAGACAGAGUACCCGCGGGGAAAAUAGCACAAAAACAAGCAUACCACAAAAACAGUGGCGCGCAAUGCAGACAGAAAGAUUUAGUAGGUCAUGCUGGAGGCAACCUUUGAGGCCAAGUCAGGAUUAGAGCCACAUGCUGAUGGCAGGCGUCCUGGAUGGAGUCAUGCAUCAGCUGCUUUACCAGUCCAAAAACAAAUCCUGGUCUUGUAUGAAGUGUCCGAAUGGAUGAAAAAGCCCUGAAAGAGCAGGAGUUGGGUUGCUUCAGGAAUAGCGCGUACACCUGCUCAGGAUCACUGAAGGGAAGUGACAGAACAAUCCAGAUGGACAGACUUCCUGCUUUGAGCACCAUGCCUUCUUAUGACACGACGGCCAUGUCAUAUGUCACGCCUGGGCCCGUGCCAGCCCAUUCUUUGUGACCCGGGACGCCUCAACGGGCUGUCAGCUGCGGCAGUAUAAAGGCCGCCCCAUUGUUGGAGGGGUCCAUUGUUGCAGAGGCGUUCUCCCUCCCAGCACGCCGGCAAACACCCCAGGAUCCCCAACAAUGAACGCCAAGUGGGAUAAGCCAAAGUCCAAGAUCUCAGCUUCUCGCAAGCUCUCCUUAAAAAUGCUCCUCCUGACGAGAGCCUGCGAGGACCUGGAGCGCGAGCGCCAGGACAGGGAGGAGGAGAAAGUACGCUAUCUGGAGGAGAAGUUGCCGCCUUUGCAAAUGUCCGGGCUGUCGCUGGACGAGCUGCAGGACCUGUGCAAGCAGCUUCACUCCCAGAUAGACGUAGUGGAUGAGGAGCGAUACGACUGUGAAUCCAAAGUCAACAAACACAACAUCGACAUCCGAGAACUGAAGCUGAAGGUGCAGGACCUGGGCGGGAAGUUCAAAAAACCCGCUUUGAGAAAAGUGAGGGUGUCGGCCGACGAGAUGAUGAGGGCCCUCCUGGGCUCCAAGCACAAGGGCUCCAUGGAUCUCCGCGCCAACCUCAAGUCUGUGAAGAAGGAGGACGUCAAGCAGGACAAGGUUCUCACAAGCGAGGUGGGUGACUGGCGUAAGAACGUGGAGGCCAUGUCGGGCAUGGAGGGACGCAAGAAGAUGUUUGACACGGGCGGAGCCGCGCAGUGAGAUUUCGGACGGGGAAAGGAAAAGUACACUUUUUGGGAAUUUCCACUAUCUCCAGCUACAAAGCCGUCUAAUAAAUUAUCCCAAAAUUCCAA